CAUCAUCAUCAUCAUCGUCCUUUGCGAGAGGAUACUGGCUAUACAGUUCCGAACGCAGGAUGCUCGUGGACAUUAUGACUCUUAAAAUAACCAAAAAACACUCUCCACUUGGACUGCUCCACUCUUUCGGGCGCGAAUCUAUACGAUAUCAGCAUUACUUGGAGACAAGGGGAAAGCAAAUGAUGUGUUCCGCUGGCAAACGGAGAAGUUAGACGUCAUAUUUUUUUAAAAGUGUCUUUUCUGCAGCACCCGGAGGCACACGCGCACACUAAUGCACGUCAGACCGGUCCUUGGAGACUCUCUGGCGCUGCACAUCCAGCGAGGAGAGAGGUGCAUCGCGAUUGGCUCCCUUCCCUUCUCUCCGUCUCUCUCCCUCUCUCUCCUCAUCCUCUCGCUUCCUCUUCACCGCGCAACGGCGAGGGGUGGAGCAGGCAUGCUCGCCCCGGCCAGAGCAUCUCCUCCGAGGCGGCGUCAAACUUGACUCCACACACAGCGUGGGUGCAAGUGGACGGACAAGACAGUGCGGCGCGGACACGUCCCUUUCCCGGCGUCGUGGGCGCUCUCCGUGGUGCUGAAAGUGGAACUAGUGAGGGAAGAGGGAAGGCACGCUGAACACACUUGGCAGCUUCUUGUGGGCUGUAUGGUCCUCUGGAGUGGAGCGCAGUCCAGAACCUUCUCUCGCAAUGGCGUGGGAGGGGAUGAAGCGGAGGAUGGCAUUGGAUUCCCUGGUUGGACGGAGGUGGAGGCUGUCCUGCUUCUUCUGGUUUCUCCUGCUGUUCGGUGCUGGAAGUCUGCUUUUCUUCAUCCAGCAGCAGGACGCGCCAGGCACGGUGCCCCAGCAGGGAUACGGCAUACAGCUUCAAGGAACUCUGCAACAGUCGAGGGAGACUUUUUCGACUCAGGACAAAGAGAGAGUAAAAUCAGACAUUUACCAGGAGCACCAGACUGCCGAUGACGUCCUGCCGUGGGAGCGGGACAUGGGCUCCCAGAGUGUCUCCAAGCUGCUGAAAACAAGCCCCCCCAUCCAACGCUUCAACAACAAAACACCCACAUCUUCCUCCUCCACUUGGUCUUCAUGGUCUUGCUCAGGUUUGUCCUCCCUUCAGCACUGGAGGGAGCUCUGCAGCAUCCAGGAGCAGCGUCAACAGCUGAUGAAGAAGAUGUGCGCCAAGUACAAGAGCAGCAUCUCCAAGACCGUCAUGUCGCAACUCUUGAAUAACAUCUACGUAGAGGACAAGUCCAAGCUCCUGUACUGCCAGGUGCCCAAAGUGGGUUGCUCCAACUGGAAGCGCACCCUGAUGGUGCUGGGGGGCCAGGCCUCCGACCCUCAGGGCAUCCUGCACGAAGUGGCUCACAGCGGACGUCUGAAGACACUAAAAAGCUUUGGCCAGCAGGGGAUCGAGUGGCGCUUAAAAACGUACACCAAGGUCAUGUUUGUGCGAGAACCCUUAGAGAGGAUGGUGUCGGCCUACAGGGACAAGUUUGAGAACCCCAACGAAUACUACCACACUUUAUUUGGGAAACCCAUCAUCUCCAAGUACAGGGUCAACGCAUCUAGGUCGGCUUUGGAUUCGGGCGAUGGGGUCACCUUCCAGGAGUUUGUCCAGUACCUGCUGGACGUCCACCGGCCCGUGGGCAUGGACAUCCACUGGGAGACGGCCAACCAGCUGUGCAACCCUUGCCACAUAGACUACGACUUCAUCGGCAAGUUUGAGAACAUGGAUGAUGAGUCCAACCUUGUCCUGCGCUUGGUGGGGGCGCCGCCCAACGUAACUCUGCCCACUUUCAAGGACAGGAACCCGGCCGACAAGAGGACCUCCUCGGAGAUCACGCAGAAAUACUUUGCGCAGGUCAGCACGGCGCAGAGGCAGCGGGUUUACGAUUUCUACUACAAGGACUAUCUCAUGUUUAACUACUCCAAACCUUUUCAAGAUUUAGACUGAUUGACUCCUAUCAAGAUGUCUGCAGCUCUUUUACAUUGGGUCAUCUAAUUAAAGCAUUUUUUUCCAAGUUAAUAAAACACUUUCUACCAGAUCACAAGAUGCAAAAACAUGCAAAAUGCUGCAGUAGGGUGAUGUAAUGUUAAAUGUUCCAAAAAAUACCAUCCUUUUAAAUUUACAUGAUAUAUUAUCCAGGGCUCCAGAUGAACCUUUUUUACCAGGAGCACAGUGGCCCCUAAUUUACAAUAUUAGGAGCGCAAGCAGAAAAUUUAGGGGCGCACACCAAAAUUUUCACUGUAUUACGGAGAGAUACUAUUAACUCCCAAUACCGCCCAGUGGCGGUUCUGGCUUGAAUGAUGCUCUGGGCGGACCAACGCUUUUGUUUUUACACAUUUACACGACUAGUUUUUCUUAACAAAAACGUUUUUUUGUAACUAUAUUAAGUUAUAGCUUUAUCUUUGGCCCCCGUUUCUCCUCUUCUUUCUAAAUUGUGCACCUGAUGGCCUAGACUUCCAUGUUUUGUUGGCAAAAAUAAAGGCACCUAAUUGUCAUCUCUCGCCGUCACUCAACUAGCAGUCAAGGCUAAACCAACUCAUAUUGUUCCACAACUCCCUCUUUUUUAUUUCACAUUGUAGUAGUGAAAUAACAUGUUUGAGACUCUUGGUUCUGCGAUAUAAUGAAUAUGAUACUAAGAAUGAAAUAUGUUUUGUUACUGUUGUAAUUUACUUUUUUGAACCGUAUAAUUAACCUGAGGGCUGAGGCACAGCGGUGAAGUGAGCCCCUCAUACUCUGGUUUGGUCACGUGGUGGACAUUUGAUGACGUCUGAGCAGCACAGGGGUGCCAGUAUCCCACCUGUAGAGGGCGUCCAUCUGCCACCCAUUCUGACUUGACAGCAUUAAACACUAAUAAAUACCCCCACCUCCCCCGAUCCCCCCUUCGCAGCAACCCCCAAUUGCCCAUAUGGCCCAUAGCUAGAACCGCCACUGAUAGCGCGCUAUUUUCACACACAUCGUCCCGCCUUCCUCUUUUUUGGUGUUUGUCUCCUUUCUUCCUCUUUUGGAGUUAGUGUGGGUUGGCAAACUAGCUCAUUUGUGCAUUACUGUCAACUACUGGGCUGAAGUGUGUCAGCAGAUUUUUGUCAACAACAAAAAAUACCCAAUACAAAAAAUAAAAUUGGAAAAUUAACUAGUAGGGUUGCCAACUUCUGUAAAAAAAAUAAGGGACACCUCGUUGGGAGGGCCAACCAACCUGUUUUGGGUUGGUUUUUUUGUUCUGUACUGUACAGACUGAACUCCAAACUGAAACCAGUGAAAUUCAACAACAAAAUGAUGAGCAGUGAAGCAUACAAGCGUAGUCCAAUUGCAAGCAGAGAGCAAAGAGCAAGGUUGGUUCCAGUGGGCUGUCCACACGGAAACAUUUUCGGGUCAAAACGGCAAAGCAUUUUAACGUUUCAGCCUCUCAUCCACACGGGAACAGCGUUCUGGGUGACCCGAAACGGUAUUUUUUGAAAACGGCUUCUGAAAACGCCAACUUUUCUUUGCCGUGUAGACAGACAGAACGAGAACAAUGAUGUCACCGACCCGCCGCCACCUUGUCGCCUUCACGUCUGGAUGCAACUAUUUAGUAAUCCGGCACAAUCCCAAGAACGUUUCCGCGUGGACAGGGCCUUAAAGUAAGUUAGCACGUUCCCCAUGAACGUGACAGCCGUCGUAGCGUCCCUCUGGACAAACCGCAUUGCUUGUUUGUUCUAAAGACAAAAUGUCAUCGUGGUUUAAAAAGUCGCAUUUGGAGUCCGCGGACCAGAGUCUAGGCAGAUAACUCUUGCUAGCUAGAUGCCGCCAGAGAGACAGAAGAAAGUGAGAGCCAGGCAAAAUGUGUAAAAGUCGAUCGAAUGCGAUUGAAACGUGAGCAAUCACAUCGAUAGGCCAAGACUGUGACAAGCUGUCAUCAGCUGACUCCAUAUUUUACGAUAACAAGGGACCAAGUGCGUCAACGGGCGCAUCUACUCGUGAUGUCUCAUAUUUUGUCGCAAAAAUGCGGCCAUUUAGUCGCAGUCUGGAGCCCUGUUAUCUUGAGGCGCACGCUGAGGUAGGAUUUUGAAAAUAAACGUUAGUCUUCAUUUAAAAAAACUCAACAGGCUUUAAAUGAUGUCUUACUGUAAGUCAAACAGUAAAUGCAAAUGCUUGUUUGAGUAUUAGGGCCACACAUGUCAAAGAAAAAUGAACAGCAAACACAUCAUAAUAGUCACAAUAUGUCAUCGUACUUUUGAGAAAAAUGAAAUAAUCACAUUUUUUUCAUUUUUAAAAAUUUGAUUUUUUUUUUGGAAAGGUAAGAUUUGUUUUUCUCUGAAUAUUUUGUCUUUUUUCUAAAAGUAUGUUUUUGUUAUAAAUUGUUUUUUUCUUAAAAAGAUAACCUUUUUUAAAAAGUGGAAAAGACUUUUUUCAUCGAAAAUAAGAAUUUUUCCUGUAAAUUAUGACAUUAAAAAAAAUACAUUUUUCCUGUAAGUUAUUACAUUAUGAAUUUAUUCUCGUAACUUUACAGCUUUUUCUUACAAUUUUAAAAUGUUUUCCUUUCUAGUGUGGCCCUAAUACUCCCGAUUAAUUUGAUACCCCUCGGGCAGUUGAUUGAAAUCUUUACAAAACAGACGUCAAACUUUCUUGUAAACCAUGUGAAAGAGUUAUUUUCUGCCACGUUGGCAUUGACCACUUGACUUACAGCAGCUUGGACAUCAGCAUACCUCUACCUACGUACCAGUGCAUACUAAUACAGACAUUUGGUGUAAAUGUUUGUUUUUUGGGGUUUUUUUACUAAGCAUAAACUGAGUAUAACUCCCAUAAAAUGUUUCCACUCUGGAGCUGUGUGCACUUAUUGUAGCAUUUUUUGUACUUUGUACGCUCCUUGUGCUUUGAACACUCGUCACUGAAGGUAGUAUUUACCUGGGAGAUCCAGGUACUUACAGGGUACAAGGUGUUGCUGCCUGUUUGCGGUACACGCUAUAUCGAGAGUGCUGGCAACAGAAACGUAAUCUAAAUUGCGUUCAAACCAACACAGAUUUGGCUCCAUGACAAUCUAACAAAUGAGUGAACGCCUCUUCUUACGAGAGUUUAGUCGAGUUUUGUGCGAAAAGUUGUACGCCUCACGUUUAGGUGCACAUUUAUACAACACAGCAGCAGAACCGAUGUUGUAAUAGCGGUCUCCUCAUCCAGCAUAAAUAGCACUGAUGAGUUAAUUGUAAAAGACAAACGGCAUGAGUUUCAUACCAGCGGCUGAAUAGCUAGACCGACAUUUUAAAGUGCAUGCAGAGGUAGAUAAAGCUGCAAAACGUGACCCACUCAUGCUAGUUCAAAUGCAGCUACUACUACUAUCUUGUGGAGCUAAUUAAAAAAAAAAAACAUCAAGAGGUUGCCCACAGCCACAGCUUUUGAUGCCAAUGCUUUUUGACCCUGCGCUAAUGAUCACACCUGGCAAUUAUAAGGGAUUUGGCAGGUAACUGAAUAGAGGCAUUGGUGGAAUACCUUCGGUAGACUGACUAUUCCUCUACAGAAUAUUAAUAUUUCUAAGUACAGUGGAACCUUGGUUAAUAGAUCUUGUGUGACAAGAUCUUGCGAGAUUAAAACGUGACGAGAUUUCUCGUUCAGAAAACAAACUCAUGGGCACAAGGCCUGGGACCAUAAUAAAUUAAUCACAAUAAAUGAAAAUGAACUCGACAAUUUUGCCGGCCUCAAUAUAUUGCCAUGUGCAUGCGUGUCUGUUUUCCUCGUCUCCCGCUCCAAACAGGCAGGAAGGUUCCCUCUGUGGAUUGGCACGUUGGUUCCGUAGAAUAGCGGCAUGAACGGAGUGAGACCUUGUUUCAGUCAUACAGUCUUUUUGUCUCGGUGGGUGGAGGCGGGGCCGCUAGCAGAAUGUAGAAGAAUGUAACGUAUCAAUGAUAUUAGUAGAUUGCAAUAUAUCGUCUGAUCUUAACAUUGUACUUUUCUUACAUGUGACGUUAAAAUCUUGUCUCGUCUCGUUCUCGUAGACCCAAUCUAGUGACACCCCUAUUGGUUAGCGUCAUUAAGCCGUUCCAGAAGGUCUGACUUUAACCAAAACAGACACUAAAUGAACACAUUUUUUCCCAUAAGAAAUAAUGUAAGUCCAAUUAAUUAUUAUUUGUAAUUAUAUUAUUGGUGUAUUAGUUCGAGAAAACACCAGCACGUUUUUAUAGUUUUAACCAUUAUAGUUUUAAUGCAGAAAUGCAUAUAAAUACAUAUAAAUGAUGAAUGAAAGGGAUAAAUGACCAUUUAAGGUUACUUUUACCUUCAUUGAAGAUGUGAUUCCUGCCAAAGAUAACACGGACACCACCUUCCUGUUUUGCCGUGAGUUAUUUCUUGAAUGCAGUUGUGUUUCUCACCUCAAGUCUCGGCUUUUCCUUUGAUCACGGCUGCAAAAUAAGUCAAAACGGAGCUGAAGAAAGUUUCAAGGGUCAGAAUUUUGAGGCACAUAAAACAGGAAGGAAGAUGGCGUUCGCCUUGAUCUCGCUGCCACAUCGUGUCUUGAGCGAGAAUCAUGUCUUCAAUGAAGGUAAAGGUAAUCUUAAAUGUUCAUUUAUCUCUCUUAUUCUUUUAUGAAUGUAAAACUAUAAAAACAUGUAUUCUCAGACUUGUGGCAUAACUGUUGAUGACAUCAUAGACGGGGGACGGAGCUGACUUCCACUUCCUGUUUCCAUGUAAUAGCAAGCUAACAGGCUGCUAACAAGGACGUUUUGCGAUAAAAGCACAUUAAGAACACAGUUGGACUCAGGCGGUGUAUUAAUAAACACGACAAGACGCACGCCAUAUUGUACGCUAACCGGGAAACGUACGCCAUUUUUUUAUGUUAACCGAAAGACACUAAUCGUGGUUCCACUGUAGUUUUUUAUAAAAGCUACAGGAAGUUUAACUCGCUGGCAGAAUCAACGUCAGAAUAGCUUGGUUGGUUUAGUUUGGGUUUUUUUCGCCCAGCCGCUUGUUGCUAGGCAAAAUCAUGUCAAGCACAAUCAUUUGCUCCCCAUAGGCCACUAAAAAUAAAUUGUCAUAUGCCAGCCACACCCACGAGAACAGAGGUGUCCAAAGUGCAGCCCGGGGGUCAUUUGCGGCCCACAACUUUUUUUUAUCAGCCCUCGACACGUUUCAAAAAUACAAUUAAACAAGAAAACUAACAAAAACGGCAAGAAAAAUGGGGGGGGAAGCAAUUUUAUGAGGAAAAAGUAGUAAUAUUAGAAUAAAGUCAUAUUUAUAUUAAAAAUUGUAACAUUAACAUUAACACAAAAAAUGUUACGAGCACAAUGUUGGACUACUAUAAUGAAAAAUAAUUGUCACAAUCUUAUCAACAACACAAGAUAAAAUUACAUUUUUUGGGAAAAUUAGGUUGGGAAAAAUGGUGAUAUUACAAAAAUAAAGUCUCAGUGUUAUGGAAAAAAAAUGAGAAAGGAUUUGUAAAAUUUAAAUCAAUAAAGUAAAUGAUACAUAAAGUAAUAAUACACUUUUGUCACCUACAACACAAAGAUGAGAUGCAGGCUGUUUUUCUUGAAAUGCUGUAUGUGCAACUUGUUAGCAUAGCUACUGUACAUGGGCUGGUUUCCAAAAUAUCAAAAUGGCCCCCGCAUCCUUUGAUUUUACCGUAUGUGGCCCUCGCCUGGAAAACUGUUGGCAGCCGUGCGCUAGACUGUUGAAUGAAACGACUCCACAUAAGUGUUUUACAUCCACUCAUUUUGCAGUCACCGCUCUGUAUUAAAUGCAAAGCACACAUGAGAGGCUCUGCCAAACCCACCCAACUUUUUGUUUGCAUUCCUACUAAAUUCUCGUGAGGCGUUCUUCCCCAGUGGCGUGAACUGCUCAGUCAGUAACACUGUACCCGACACGCUAACACUGUACCCAUCACACCCAGUCUGCAGCCUUGUAUAAGCUUUUUUCUACACUCUUUAUUGUGUAUAAUUGUAUAAUGGGCAUUCAGAUGAUUAUAUAUUUUUCUAUGUAUUUCUAAUAUAUACACAUACAUACAGUAUAUAAUCAGUGCUUCUUGGUGAAGGUUUUUGUUUUCAUGUUAUUGUGUCGCCACCAGCGCUUUAAAAGAGACUGAAAAGCAUCAAAACAAAGUUGGGCUAACGAGCGUUUGGCGCGGUUGGCUGCACGGCGUCACUUUCUAACACACAUUUCAAUCACCACGCAAUUAACGGUUUAAUGAAUCACCAUCGGCAUCACCACCUCGUUACCUAAUAUGUCUGUUGCACAGCCCGUCUUUUGUACUGUGGACAUUUGUGUGUGUUUCCUCCAUUUUGAGCCCGUCUGGCGUACGCACACACUGCUGCACAACAUACUAUAUGGUGCAUAUAAUGGGGGACGCCUGUGUGUGUGAUGUUACUGCUUUGAAGUCCAGCACAAAUGGCACUAAAGUUCUUUUAUUAUUUGCCUUAUUAUAUGAACUAUCAGAAAUGAAAGGAAGGUCAACCAACAAGCCAAGGCAAGUACAACCAUUUGUAAACAUACCGCAAAUGCUCUAAUUAUAGCCAAGGUGUUUCGUGACAUGAAUAGCAAAAUUGCAAAUUGGCAUUUUACAACUCAUUAUAUUUAACGAGAUGUUGUGUUAGCUUUAGUAAUGGUUUGGUGCAUGAGAAAGUGGAAAUGAAAAAGUAUAUUGCACAACACAGCAGCAACUGACCUGAUGGUGAAGCAGAUGAAGUAACGGGCAGCUGCAAGUUAAACAAAUAAUAAUAAAAAAACGUACAUCAGUAUAUCGCCCACAGCCACAGCUGCUAAUGACAGCUUUUUUUCGAUUGUUCUGCUUUGGUAGACCACGCACCCGGAAACUAGGGGCACUAAUUGGAGCAUUUACAGCGGCCUGCUUUUCAUUAUUGCAAUAUGGACUUCCUACAGUGACUUCCUACUACCUUUGUGUUUUUAUGUGACAAAAUGCUUUAUGAUGGUGUGCGCUGGCUUGUGAGUGAGCGGAAAUCCACGUUAUUUAAACCUAUACUCCCUAUAAUCAAAUUUGGUGGUACGAGCGUUAACAGUGAUGGUGACUCUAUGAACUAAUUGUCAGUUUAGUGUGAUGGCUUUCGCAAAAAUUCCAAAAUCUAGCCUGGUCUUGGUUUGAUUCAAUGUAGCCGAUCCCUUGCCAAAAAAAAGGAAAAGAUCAUUGUUGCUUUUAAUACGUGUGUGUGUGUGUGUGUAUAUGUGGAUCACAAGCAUACGGCAGUAACAAGUGAAUGUAUAAGUGUUAAAUGUUGGCGCAAAUGUGUAAAAAAAAAAUAAUAAUAUAUAUAUAUAUAUAUAUAUAUAUAUAUACAGUAUAUAUAUUUAUAUGAAACGCCCUUUGCCUUAUUUUACACUGCCAAUCAAAUGGUGACUUUUCAGGAAGACAUUUUUCAGGUGGUUCUUUUUUCUGGCUGAUGAGUGUCUACUAAUAAAUUUGUCUUUAGCAUUUUAACGCUGCCUCUUUUUAUUCUUUUUGCCUCAUCCCUUAUUCACACAUUCAGGCUGUUGCAUUGUUUUGCCCAAGAUAUAUUAGUAGCAUU